UGCUGGUGUCUCUUUGUGCUGGAGGGGUUGGACUCAACCUCAUCGGAGGGAAUCACCUGUUUCUCAUCGACAUGCACUGGAACCCAGCCCUGGAGGAUCAGGCCUGUGACCGGAUCUACAGAGUGGGACAGAGUAAAGAUGUCACCAUCCACAGGUUUGUGUGUGACGGCACGGUGGAGGAGAAGAUCUCCUCGCUGCAGGUGAAGAAGAAGGAGCUGGCCCACAAUGUGCUGACGGGAACGGGGAGCACAGCCUCCAAACUCUCCCUGGCCGACCUCCGGAUCAUUUUUGGCGUCUGAGACGAGAGCGCCGCCGCCGUCAAUAUGUUUAAAGUUCAGGGUAGAAGAUUGAAAAAUAGUCUCAUGAAUCUGAGAUGCUAGAGGGCUUAUUUUACACACGUGUAGUGACGGGUUUCUUCUUUUAUCUUAAUCCAGAACAGUAAUUUUACCGUCAUCCUGACUGCUUUUCAACCUGUUAUUGGACUUCAUGUGCCUUUUUUAUUUCAGUUCUUUACUUAAACUCCUUUAAGUCCCUUAUUUCAGUACAGCUGUUAGCAUCUGUUCACUCUGAUGCAUGUUGCUUUAGUGGAUCUAUUUUAACACUAUGUCAGUUGUUCCUGAAACUCUUCUUCCUACAUGAUGCUUUUCAAUGACCUGCGGUUUCUCUUAUUUAUUAUUGUCGACGUGGUCUGAAGGAAACUUUAAUUAAUCUUUAAAUGUUAACCUGCAGACACACAGGUGAUUUACGCUGGCUCAUUAUUGGAGUGAAGCAAAUACUUCCUCCUUGUUGUAUAUUUUUGUCACCUGAUGGAGUUUAUUUCUUUUAAAGCUGUUUUCAAAUAUCUUUGUUUAAGUAUUGUUUGUUGAUUUUAAAUAAAUUCAGUUGCUCAUGUGACGGCUCCCUGUAUCAAGUCACAGUGCUCCU